UCGGGCCUCCGCCGUUUGGAUUGUACGAAAAACCCCUGAGCACUGAAAACCCACACAUACGCUUCGCUGAGCUCGACUGUUCCCACCAAAAUUAAUGGCGGCGGCGAUUUCUUCUCACUUCGCGUUCCUAUCAGACAAACCCUCUCUCUCCUCUUCACUUUCCUCUUUCUCCGGCCAGAGUCUCCGCGAUCGCCGAUGCUCCGCCGCCGUGGUCAGCAGCAUUUCCCUGCCUUCUCCGGCGAGACUCCGACGAAUCUCGUGCCAGACCUCCUCCGUUACUUCUUCGCCUUCGUCCGUCGCCAACGUAACAGCAAAAUCAGAACUGAAGGAUUUCUUGCACAUAAGUGAUUUUGACAAAGCCACCAUUCUGAAGAUGUUAGAUCGAGCUGCAGAGGUCAAGGCACUUCUCAAAUCAGGAGACAGGUCAUUUCAACCAUUUAAGGGGAAGACAAUGGCUAUGAUCUUUGCAAAGCCUUCCAUGAGAACACGUGUUUCAUUUGAGACUGGGUUUUUCUUGCUAGGUGGUCAUGCCAUAUACUUGGGUCCUAAUGACAUCCAAAUGGGUAAGCGGGAGGAAACUCGGGAUGUCGCACGUGUUCUGUCUCGCUAUAAUGACAUUAUUAUGGCGCGUGUCUUUGCUCAUCAGGAUAUCCUUGAUUUGGCUAAAUAUGCAACCGUACCUGUUGUCAAUGGCUUGACAGACUACAACCAUCCCUGUCAAAUUAUGGCUGAUGUCCUCACUAUCAUCGAACACAUUGGUCGGAUAGAAGGAACUAAGGUUGUCUAUGUUGGAGAUGGAAACAACAUUGUCCACUCUUGGUUGCUGAUGGCUGCUGUUAUUCCUUUCCACUUCGUUUGUGCCUGUCCAAAAGGUUUUGAACCAGAUAAGAAAACAGUUGAGAAGGCACAGCAAGCAGGUAUCAGCAAGAUUGAGAUUACAAAUGAUCCAAAGGAAGCAGUCAAGGGAGCAGAUGUUGUGUACUCAGAUGUGUGGGCUAGCAUGGGGCAAAAGGAGGAGGCUGAUUCUCGCCGUAAAAUUUUCCGAGGAUUUCAGGUUGAUGAAAAUCUCAUGAAGAUAGCCGGCCCGAAAGCCUAUUUCAUGCAUUGUUUGCCAGCGGAAAGAGGGGUGGAAGUGACUGACGGGGUGGUUGAGGCUCCAAAUUCUAUCGUCUUUCCACAAGCUGAGAAUCGGAUGCAUGCACAGAAUGCUGUCAUGCUUCAUCUGCUCGGAGUUUAGUCACUUACGUUUCAAGUUUAGAGACACUUUUUAGCCUAAAAUAGGUGAAGAAUUUUGUGCUUUCAGAUUUGUACUCGUAAUGUUGUUUGCCUGUUGUCAUCUAUGGAGCCGUUUCAAAUGCAAACUUAAUGCAUGAAGUUUUCGAGUCAAAACUAGUUAAAGUAUUUGGAGAAACUGCCUCUUAGUACUACGGUAUGUGGUACUCUUCUUUACCUGUAAGUGAGAGGUCUUAGGUUCAAUCCUCGUUAAAGGUGAAUUUGAAUCAUAUUAUUGUUAAUCCA